GUGGGGCGGCGGGAUUUCCCGCCUUGGGUGUAGGCGGCUCGAGCUGCCCCUCUUGCCUUGGUGGGCCUUCUUCGGGCCCGGUGUUGUUGGAAGGGCGUGGCGGGGCGGGAGGCUCUCUGUUUUCCCACUUUACCCUCCCUACGCGGGUUCCUGGAGGACAGUUCCGGUCCGGCCCGGGGGUCCCUUGGAGGGCGCGGGAGGGACUCGGGGCAGCCACCGCCUUCCCUAGCCGACCCCUUUCGUCGCCUCAGCGGCGCGGCCGCAGGAGUUUGCUUUUGAGGUGGAAGUCCCAGGAAAAAGAUGGCAUCAGGAGAUUAUUGCUUACCUGGAGAGGGCAUGGAAUUACUCCAGCAAGUAUGCAGCAAACAGCUGCCACCCUGUAACCUGACUGAAGAAGACCUCUUGCAGAACCCUCAUUUUAGCAAGCUCCUGCUAAGUCUCUCUCAGUACAUGGAUGAGAGUGGUUUAAGCACUACCCUUGCAGAAGAACAAGCUGAGGCAUGGAAGGAGGUCCGACUGCAAAAGACAGCAUGGCUAAGGUCAGAGAUUCUGCAGAGACUUAUACAAGAAAUGCUUGUAGACUAUUAUGUAAAGACACAGGACACAAAUCUCACCCCAGAAGAUAAGAAGUUUCAUGAAUCCCUUGAACAGACAUUACUAGUGACUGAACUGACUCGACUUUUGGAUCCAAGCCAAAAGAAAGAGAAGCCACCUUUGCUGGGCCUGGAGAAGUCAGACUUGCUAGAACUGAUGCCCCCUUCAGAGGAUUUUGUGAGAAUGAGGGAGUGUCUGCAGCCAAAAAUUGAGGAACAACUGAAGAAGAAAUGUUUCACUCUGCUCUGCUACCAUGAUCCUAGUUCAGAUUCUGAUAGUGAAACAUUGAAAGCAGCAAAGGUAUGGCAGCUGGCAGAUGUGCUGACAAGUGAGAAGCAGGAAAACCAGAAUGCUAAGAAACAGCAGAAGGAACAAACAGUACUACUUGAAAAGCAAAGUUCUACCUAUUCUCAGGUACUCCUUAGAUGUCUUUCACUGCUACAGAGACUUCUUCAGGAACACCGGCUAAAAACACAAUCAGAGCUGGAUCAGAUUAAUGCCCAGUACUUGGAGAUCAAGUGUAGUGCCAUGAUUCUGAAGCUAAGGAUGGAGGAGUUACAGAUUUUGUCAGACACUUACACAGCUGAGAAGGUAGAAGUUCAUCGCCUCAUUAGGGAUAGUCUGGAAGGGGCCAUUCGCCUACAGGAGCAAGACAUGGAGAAAUCACGCCAGGUCUUGAGCACUUACGAGGUGCUAGGUGAGGAGUUUGACAAGCUGGUGAAGGAGUAUACCCAUUUAAAACAGGCAACUGAGAACAAGCGCUGGGCUCUUCAGGAGUUUAAUAAGUCUUACCAUUGAGUUUUGCAGAAAUUAAGAACCUCAGUGGCAUACAUUGUUCCUGUUCUAUUUCUCCUAUACAAGUAUUGCCUUCUCACUUCUCAAAAUGGGGGAUGAGACACACCACUCAUACAGUAAGAACUCUAAUGGAUGAGGCAUUCUCUUAGUUUCUGUCCUGUCCUUGCCUCCUCCUAGGAACAGAUUUGCACAUUUCGUGGCCUCUUAAGAAAACCAGUCUUGCCUUUUGCCCAAUUGUUCCCUAAAUAAAAUGAUGAUAUGGUUUCCUGAGCUACUAGUAAUUUCUUUUGGGCUAAAAUGGAAAAAAGAGGUAGUGCAAAAUAGUGAAUAAAAAACUAGCUGCCUUUUGAAUUUGUACUAAUUGGGUUCAAGUCCCAACUUUGACACAUACUUGUUAUGUAGGUACCCAGUUCUGUUACUAUUUCAGUGUCCCAGACAGCUCUCAGAAGACUAUAAAUUACAAAGUAGUUGCUUAUCACCUACAUUGGUAGGACUAAAUUUCCUUCUGGAAAGUUCCUCAUGCUUAAAGUAUCAUAGGUUUAGAACAAUUAAAGAAAAUAAAAAGGUGACAGCUUUCAAAAAAAAAAAAGGGGGGGGCGGUACUUGUCCUGUGUUGGUUGAGGAAGAUGGUCUGACAGUUGUGGAGAGAUUUAAGAGUAGGAAGGAGGAAAAAUUAACCUUCCUAUGUGAAAUCUUGAAGUAUUUUAUUCUGAAGAUUGUAUAACUAGGAGUAAAAGCAGAUUUUUGCUUUUACGAAACUAAAUCAUUGAAAUGAGUAUAGAACUCCUCCCUACCCACCUCCAAGGAUUGUAGGAACUAUUGCUUAAUACGACCAUUUCUUUAAGAAACAAAAAAAUCUGAUCAACUGGUCCUACUGAAAAAGAAGCAACGGUGCAAGCCUUUUUCUAAUUUUACUAUAUGUAUUAUAAAUGGAGUAUGCUACUGAUUGUGUCUGUAGAGCCAGAACAAUAGGUAUGGGAUAAGAUUAACCUCAACAACUGGAUCAGACUAGCAAAGGACAAGUACCUAAAGGGAAAUGGGCCCUGUUUUUUCGGAGAACCAGAAAACCAGGAUAGAGCAGUAAAGAGCACUUUCAUUCAGAAGAAUACAUCAAACCCAAAUUACUACCUAGGUAAGGUCAAGUAUUGGCUGGCUCCUUAUAAUAGCGGUGAGAAGUAAAUGAAGCUGGAAGGUUUUUAAUCAAGAUCACAAAUAUAAUAUGUUGGGAAUUAAAGGCAAAAUAUCACUAUAUUACCUGGAAAAUUAGAAACCAAAGUCUGGAAAUGGAAACUCAAAAAUAGAUGUUGCUUCUAGGUUUUAUAACAGUCAUCAUUUAUGAAUCAAGCACUCAUUACACAUGUAUGUUGUGAAGUUACAAUAAAAAAAAAUAAAAGAGAAUUUCUACCUU